AUGGCAGAGAGUGCUUUCAAAGUUAACGAUAGGAUUAAAUUAACAAAUAACGCUAAUAAAGACUAGGAAGGAACCAUUUUAUACAUUGGUCAACUUGACGGAAAAGAAGGCAUUUGGAUAGGAGUUGAGUUAGAUUUACCUAAAGGAUCUCAUAAUGGUUAAUUCAAUGGAAAGCAAUACUUUUAAGGGAGGGAUUAGCAUUGCAUGUUUGUAAAAGAAAAGCAUAUUCAAUUGAUUCAGCAAAUUAAACAACCUACCCCACCUAAAGAAAAGCAAUAAACAGAAUAACCUCCUUAAGCAGAAAAGCCUGUUGAGAAAAAAAUUCUUACUAAACCUUUAGGGAUGGGAGUUGGAACUAAAUCAACAGCUUCAACAUAAGGAGGAGGGACUGGAACUACAGUAUUAGGACCGACAGCUUAAAAAUUAAUUAAAAAUAUUUAAGAAAAAUCUGCAACAAAUUAAUCUAAAAUUCCUUCGUCUUCAUAGGUUCAACAGUAAUCUGCUUCUUAAUCUAGCUAAGGAAUUAAAUAGUUGGAAGAAUAACUUUCUUUAAAGGACUCUGAAAUAAAUAUGUUGAAAGAAGAGAUUGAAAACAAAGAAGAAUAGUUGCAAUAGUUUACAAUUAGAACAUCAGAUUUGCAAAAUUAAAAUGAUGGUUUUUUAAAGCGCAUAUCUGAACUUUAAGACUAAAAUAAAGCAUUGCAAGAAUAAAAUAAAACUAUUUAAGAUGAGCUUAAAAAUGAACAAUAGAAACAUUAAGAGACUAAUACAUAGUUGCUUUAGUCCAAAGAAAACUACUCUAAGUUGGAGGAAGAGUUAGACCUACUUCAUGAAGCUCUUAAAGCAGCUGAAGAAUCAGAACAAUUAGUUGAGGGUUUGACAAUUUAAAAAGAAACACUUGAGCAUAAAUUGGAUGAACUUAAGGAACAGAUACAACAAAAAGACCUAGAAAUCAAAUAGCUUAAAGAAGAAAAAUAACUUGCUGAUAUCUAACUAGAAGAUGCUAUGAAAGGUAUUGUUAUUGAAGGAUAAGAUGUUUCAGGUGAUUCAGUUAACUCUGAACUUAUUAAGGCUAAUGCUAGAUUAAAACAAGCUGUCUAACUUUUAAAUGAUUAAUUUGAACUUGAAAAGAUAGAUUUGUUAGAAAAAAUUAUUGAGCUUGAAAGCAAGAUAGAAAAUUAACCAUAAUUAGAAUCUAAGAUUAUUGAUCUAGAAGCAAAAAUAUAAGAUUUAGAAGAUUAGAUUAAAAAAAAGAACGAAGACAUCGAGGAAUUAAAAGAAAGAUUAGAUGAGUAAUCAGAAGCAGUAGAAAUGGUAGAAAAUUUAACAGAGUAAAAUUAAGUUCUUGAAGAUAAAAUAACAGAUCUUAAAAAAGAAAUUAAGAAUUUCAAAGAAAUCAAAAGUGUUAAUGAUGAACUAUUUGAAAACUAUGAUUUAACAAUAAAAGAUUUAGGAGACCAGAUAAACAAUCUUGAGUAUCAAAUUUAUGAACAAAAAAGACUUGUUUAAGAAAAGGAGGAGUAGAUUAUUGAUUAAGAGAAAAAUAUUGAAAAGCUUAAGCAAAGAGCAAAAAUCUACAAGGAAUAAUCAGAAAACAUGAAACUUGAGGCUAGUGAAAAUGCUGUCAUUUAAAACAAUUCGGAAGGAAAGUAAAGCACAAAUAUCCAAAAAUUGCUUGAGUCUUAGUAGGAAUUGUACUAAGAAAAAAGAGAAAUCUAUAAGCAAUAUCUUCAAAGUUCUAUUGAAAGCAUAAAUACCCAAAUUGAAUCUAAAUUUAAGAGUCAAGCUUAUUUAUCAUGCAUUCCUGAAUCAAUUACUGAGAAAAUUAAUUCAGAAGGAAUCAAACUUUUGACAAAUAUCCAAAAGCUCAUCUAGAAGGCUGAAUUAUUACAUUAAGAACUUUAUUUGUAUCUAUAGAGACACACAGAUCAAAUUGUGAAAGAAGAAAAUUUAAAUAUCUUCUUAUGGAUUAUUUAAUUAUUAGAACAGACAAACUUAUACAUUUAUUAUCUUAGAAGAUUCGAUGUCUCUUUAACAAAUACUUAAGACAACGAGGAGUUAAAUUUAUUAGUUAAAAAUCCUUGCAAUUCUUCAUUUGUUGCUGGAGGUAUUUUCAUAGAACUUGUUUUAAAACAUCUCAUGGAAGAUAAUAUUUCACCUAAAGUAUCUUUGGACCCAAUAUUAACUGCUAACAAUAAAUUAAAAGAGUAAGAAAUAGCUAUCAAGGAUGGAUUACAGUAACUGAUUCAAUCAGUUGACAUUAAAAAGAAUAUUUAAUUGAUUCGUGUUUAGCUUAUCUCUAAAAUAUUCUUAAACAAAUAUGUAAACGGUCUGAACAGUGAUAUACUUUUUAAUACUCUUGAAAAGAGAAUUUAUGAAUUUUCUAAGAACUUAGAAACAGGAGUUAUAUUGAAUAAUCUAAAAUUAGGAAAAUUAGUAGAGUGCAAUGCAGCUUUAUAAACUGUCUUUGAUUCAAUUUAAGAUGAAAAAAUUGGAACUUUCUUUACACCUGUUAAAACUGAAUUAAAAGAUUAAAUUGAUGAAAAAGAAGAGACUGAUGAAUAAAAAGAAGAGAGAGAGAAAGUGCAAUAAUUUAGAAAAGUAAUUAGUGAUGUGGCUAAUUUAUUGAGCAGCUUGAAUGCAGAUGCUGACUAAAAAAUUUAGUAGGGAUAGAUUACCAAAUAGAAUGAUAUUUUAGAGAACAACUCAUACUGGUCAUAAAUCGUUUAACAAAUUAAGUAAUAAAUAGAUGAAAUUGAAGAAACUAUUGAAAGUGAAAAAAAACUUAAUGAAGAGUUAAAAGGAAGCAAGCAAAAAAUAAUUCAGCUAGAGCAAGAAAUAGAUAAUUUAACUAAAAUAAAAUAAACUCUUGAGUAGAGAGUUGUAAAAUUAUAGAUAACGAGUGAAAAAGUCACAGUUUUAGAAGCAGAGAAAAAGAGAUUCUAAGACAAAGAAAAGAGUUUUAAAGAAGCUACUGAUAUAAUCUAGAAAGAAUUAGACAACAUGAAGAAGAAAUAUAAGGAGAGCUAGGAAGAAGUUAAAAAUCUUAAAAAUAAUCCUUAAAUAAUCAGAUCUUCAUUACAAAAAAAUUCAUAAGGCCCUCUUCAACUUAAAUCUUCUCUAUCAAAGAAUUUCGGUGAUACUCCUAAAUCAAGCUCAAGAUAAAGCUUGAUGUAUGGCUAAUUUGAUGAAGAUUAAUUUGAUUUAGUUAAAUAUUAUGAGACAGAAAAUAACAUUUUAAGAGCAAAAGACUUAAAAGAUAGAAUAAAAACUCUAUCUAAUGAAUCUGACAACUUAAAGAUUUUCAAAAAAUUAAAAGAAAAGAACAAUAAUGAAAAUCAAAUUUCCUUCUUAUAGUAAUAGCUUAAUAAAGCUACAAAUGUGCACCAUGAUGGUCUUAAAAUACUAGCUAGUAAGUAAGUUAUAGAUUUAAGCUCUCUUAAAGACAAAAACGUUAGCUAAAAGGACUAAAACAUCAAAGAAUACUUAAAUCAAGAACACAAAUAAAUAGAAGCUCUUAAAUAUGAAGCUUACAAAAUAUGCAGCGAAGUCACUAAGAAGUUAUAGAAGAACUCCAAUUCAUUUAAGCAAAAAAUUGAAAUUGCUAAAGGGGAAUUGUCAUCUAAAAGUCUUAAAAAGUUGGGCGCUGUUUUGUUUAAUUAAGAAUCAGCAGAGCCUUCAUCAACUAUAAAUUUAACAGUAUCUUUAAACGACUGGCAAAAAAUUAAAGAAGUUUUCUGA